AUGCCUUCGCAAGUUUCGGAUCAUCAGCUAGGCGACGCGCUGCUCCAGUCAGCCGCACACGGAGCGUUUCCCCAGGAUGAACAUGUCGCGUCUGCAACCGUACCUUCCAGCGCACUUCCCAAGCUGCUCGAGGUGGUCGCCAAGGCACGAGAAGACACAAAGAACGAAGUACGCAAACUCUCAACAGAAGCCGCGCCGGACGUCGAUGGCUGGAUAGCACAGGCACGCAAGCUGCAGGACGACAUCAAACGCUCGCAAGAAACGGCCAAGGAUAUCGUAAAACAAGCCGAAGCUGGCAAAGAAAACACCGCUCGCGUCCAGGAUGCUGCAAGCAAGGUCAGCCUGUUGCAUACCGAGAUUGCAUAUAAUGAGAGCUUGGCACAAGCGGUGGAGCAGCUGAGAGAUAUCUCGACUCUGCUGGACUCCGCCCAGAAUGCUGCUGUACAUGGCCAUGUCAUACACGCUAUACAAAUAUUGGAGGACGCAGAUGGCGCCUUUCAAAGACUGGGGCCUUUCACCACCACGAGAGUAGUGGGUGUGUUGAAGAACAAGGAAGAGCUGCUGAAGAAAGCUAUCGUGGAAACCGUGACAGAGUCAUGGAACGGGCUGAUUUCGGUUGACAAUACCAGCCACAGAAUCGCACUGCAUCAGUCCAUCGAACGCGAGGCCAAGGUCGAUAUCAAUACAACCAUCGAAGCGCUUACAAAACUGGGGCUUCUUGAUAGCUUCGUCACCCGCCUAAGCCGUGAUCUUGACAGAGUCAUAAUCUUCCCCCGCCUUGCCAUGGGUACCGACCGCGUCGUGUCCGCAUUUGAAAUCCAAGAGGACGUCAUCCAACGUGCUGGUCCGGUCAACGAUGGUAGGAUAAAAGCUACCUUAGAGGAUAUCCACUUGCUCGUCGAGUUUCUGAGCACGCGCCUACCGCCUAGCAUUGCUGUUCCACUAUCAUCCAAAGUUAUUCCGAUCGUCGCUUCUCGUCUGAUCUCGAACCUGCUUUUGCCUGCCGUGCCAUUAUCCACAGAAGGAAUCCCGCACUUUCAAGAGUCGCUCUCUUAUGUCUUGGGCUUGGUCGAGUAUCUUGAUGAGCUAGGCUGGUCUGGCCAGAAUCGUCUAGCCGAAUGGGUGGAUAAGUCUGCCGAGAUAUGGCUUGCUAAACAGAAAGAGCAUGCGAUUUCCCGAGUGCAGGCCAUGUUCCCAAAGACUGUGCGAGAGAAGAAAACGGUUGAAAGGGUCGAGACGCAAGUCAUCUCAAAAGGCGAUGCAUUGCAUGCCGGAGAUGAACAGGAAGACGACUGGGCUGCUGACUGGGACGAGGAAGGAGAAGUCACAGAAGAGAAAAAACAGACUGUCGAAGAUGAAGAAGAAGAUAUGAGCGCUUGGGGUGAGGAUGAUGAUGUGGUCGAUGAUGAGUUGAAAGAGCAGGAGACCAAGGAAAAGCCAGCUGAUGCAGAGGAUGCAGAUGAUUGGGGUGCAGAUUGGGACGAUGAGACUGACACCAAACCUGCUGCAUCGCCAAAGCCUGCAAGAACCAUACCAGAGCAACCGAAAACAAACGGAAAACCUGCAUCUCAAAAACAGCCCGCGAAUCAGGAGGUCACACUUCGAGAAACAUACACAGUAACGGCGAUUCCGGAUGCUAUCAUGGAAAUCAUCUUGCAGGUCAUUGCAGAGGUAGACACACUGAAUUCCCCCGAGCUCGUCAAGUCCGCAAUCGCACCCGCAAGCGGAGGCCUAUACGCCAUUCCUAGCCUCCUCCUUGCAAUGUACCGAGCUACUGCUGUGAUGCAUUACUCUAAAGACGUCGCAAGUAACAUGCUCAUCUACAACGAUUGUCAGCGGCUGUCAGAUCGUUUGCGACUUUUUCUUCAAGACCAGGCUGAGAAAGAUCAAACAUCAGCAUUACCACAGCAUUUGCAACCAUCUAAACGUCUCAAGCCGAUGCUCGAGUCUGAUAUCAAGUCAGUUGACGGAUUUGGAAAGCGUGCGUAUGGACGCGAGAUGGAGUCACAAAGACAAAUCAUCAGGGAUCAUCUUGAAGACGCGCAGGGCUUUCAAGGAUGUACUAACGUUCCCUUUGCUACGGUCUGUGAUGAUGCUAUCGCCACGACUAUCGACCGCAUAGGUGAUGUGAAGCGACAAUGGCAGAAUGUCCUCUCUCACAGCGCCCUACUCCAAUCACUUGGCUCACUGGUAUCAGCUGCCCUUACCAAAUUUGUCACCGACGUCGAGGACAUGUCAGAUAUCGCAGAAGACGAGUCAAGAAAACUGCACGGAUACUGCGUGUCACUUGCUACCCUGUCCCAGCAUUUCCAAACAGAAGAUGGUAAUGGAGAGACGAGAGAUAUGGCCGGUAUUUACACGCCCAAUUGGUUUAAGUUCCAAUACCUGAGCGAGAUAUUGGACAGCAGCCUUGCAGAUAUCAAAUACUUCUGGACAGAUGGUGAGCUGAAGUUGGAGAUGGAGGCUGACGAGGUUGUGGGCCUGAUCGAGGCGCUGUUCGCGCCUAGCGAUCAUCGGAGGAGAGCUAUUGCUGAGAUUAGGAGGACUACCCUUACACGACACAAGCUUUCAACACUUGUGAACGAACUUUUACAUCGCGAUGACGACAGUCGCAUACCGUUCGACAUCUUGAUCAAUGGCGAAUUUCUCCGGACCACAAUCGACGAGUUUCUCACGAAGAAUGGUAUCAAUGCCGAAUCGACGCUGGACGUUGAAUACACGAGGGCUUUGGUCCCACCACUGAACGUCACAAGCUUUGAGCAUGACGAUUGGGUUUCUGCUGUGGAUGUUCUAUCGGGGGUACAAAGUGGGCAAGAGAGAAUAUUGAGCGCGAGUUACGACGGGCUAGUAAGAGUGUGGAACACUUCAGGCGAUGUUUUGGCGACUUCCGAGGCUCCCAACAACGGUGGUCGCAUCACAAGCCUAAAGACGGCCAAGUGGCUGUCGGAGAAGAAGAUGGUGGCUGCAGGUUUGGACAACACGGUCCGUGUCUACAAGUACGAUGAUGACGCGCGAACCAUUACAACGGCUCUCGAGUUGUUCAAUCAUCGAUGGGGUGUAGAAGACGUCGCGGUUCAUGGCCCGUCUAGCCGAAUCCUUUCUGCUUCUUCGGAUACCACUAUUUCGCUCUUCUCGAGCAAUGCAAAAGAGAACCCAGUCGCACCGCCAAACUUCCUGCCGAGCUCAAAUGCUGCCUCCAACAAGCGACAAAAGCUCUCAAAGCCCGAUCGCACGGUUCCCGCUCGUGGCGCUCUCGCUACGUUUAGCGGUCACAAUUCACCGGUAUCGAGCGUCAUAUUCAAGCCGGAUGAUGCUACAGUCGCAUACUCGGCAUCUCACGACCAUACGCUCAAGACAUGGGAUCUGCCUACCCAGUCGUGCGUUGACACUCGAACGACUGGUCACUCGCUUCUUUCCCUCUGCGCGAUUCCCUCCCGAAAUCUACUUGCAACUGGUACCUCGGCACGACACAUCACGUUGAUCGACCCCCGCGCGUCAGCUACCCAGAUCAGUGUCAUGACGCUCCGAGGCCACAAGAACGGUGUUGUUUCCCUGGACACGGAUCCUUCUUCUGAAUACAAUCUGGCUUCUGCUUCGCACGACGGCACAGUUCAAAUUUGGGACCUCAGGAAUGUUAGUACAGGUGGACAGGUUGGAGAGGGAAUGACUGGUGAAAGCGUGUACACGAUUUACAGGCAAGGACGCGAUGCUGCAAAGAGCCAUGGUGAAGGUGCCAAGGUCUUCAGCGUACGGUGGGAUCGUGCUGUGGGCAUUGUGUCGGGUGGUGAGGAUAAGCGGGUGCAGAUCAACCGCGCUCUUGGCUCAUAA